AUGGAAAUCGCAACAUCUUUCCUCGGCGAAGAAUGGCAAUCACUGAGCCAAAUCUUCUCCAGCAGUGAAAAUCUCGAUUUCUUCCACCACUACGGCGGCAGCGACACUCCAUCGCCUUCAUUUCCGAUCACUUCCAAUCAAACCAACUACUUGUGCUCUAUCUCUCAAGAAAGCAGCAACGCUACCACCGAUUUCGACGAAAGCCUUUUCUUCAAUAUGCACGGAAACGAAGAUCAACAUCACCAUCACUCUUUUGAAUCCAUGAUCAUGAAUUUGCACGGCAAUGCCGGCUUCAUGGAGCUGCCUAGUCACCAUUUCGUGCGCUUGGAAGGCGAAAAUCGAGCUUUGGAAACUGCGGAUUCUUGCCGGAUGAAGAGAAUGCUUGAAGCAGAUGAUAAAUCGGAGGGUUUUCCAUUGGAAAAUCCUAUGAAGAAACCGCGCGUGUCAAGAAAUAAAAAUACAAGUGGGCAGCCAAAAAAGGGGAAGAAAUUAAUCCAAGAAAAUAAUAAUGAAGAAGAAAUAAAUGGUGGAGGAAAUAGCAGCAGCAGCACCUCUGAAGAUGACUCAAAUGCUUCUCAAGAAGUUAUCAAUGAAGAAAUCAAGAACUCCAACACCAAAGCUAGGGCUAGUAGGGGAUCUGCAACUGAUCCACAAAGCCUCUAUGCAAGAAAAAGAAGAGAGAGAAUCAAUGAGAGGUUGAAGAUUUUGCAGAAUCUUGUGCCAAAUGGAACAAAGGUUGACAUUAGCACUAUGCUGGAAGAAGCUGUGCAAUAUGUCAAGUUUUUGCAGCUUCAAAUUAAGUUGCUGAGCUCUGAUAAUAUGUGGAUGUAUGCUCCACUUGCUUACAAUGGAACAGACAUUGGCAUCUAUGACCAGAUCUGCCCAAAUUUGAGACUAUAG